CUUCCUUGUUAUUUUGCUGUCUCUUGGGAGCCUGUAUUCAAACUACUCACGUGAGGCUUUUUUCAUUCUCUUUUUUAUGCUGGCGGACCUGGUUCCAGGAAUGGAGGAACGUAGGAGUCGAGCAGCUGCGCCUCAGCACAGUAGACAUGACUGGAGUCCCAACCUUGGCUAACCUCCAGAAAGGAGUCCAGUUCGCCCUCAAGUACCAGGCGCUGGGCCAGUCUGUCUACGUGCAUUGUAAGGCUGGGCGCUCCAGAAGUGCCACUAUGGUGGCAGCAUAUCUGAUUCAGGUGUACAACUGGAGUCCAGAGGAGGCUAUAAGAGCCAUCACCAAGAUCCGGUCACACAUCCACAUCAGAUCUGGCCAGUUGGAAGUUCUCAAAGAGUUCCACAAGGAGAUUACUGCAGGGGCAGCAAAGGAUAAGACUGGUCACACAUCACAGACGUGAAAUACACAGAUUAGAAAGAACUCAAGACAACCCUGCUUGCUAUAGAAUCAAAUAGUUUUAACAGGACCAAGGGGGAUUAAGCCCAGACUUGACAUAGCAGAAAUGUGCUGAGUAAUGGAUAAUUUUGCUCCUUUUGUCUUGUUUCACUUUCCUGAAGUAACACUGUUGUAUGCCUAGAGAGAUUUAGUGUGGCUUCAAUUCACUGGCUACGGGGAUAUGGGAUGAGGGUCCUUGUUUUCUCGAAGAGGGUCAAAGAAAUCUAUUGUGUACUGACGCUGUGCCUAAUGAUAUUUAGCACGACUCAAAAACAUUUAACACUGGGAAAAGAGGAGAAAUACUCAGCUCAGACUCUUUGCCACUGUCAGACCCCAAUUCACGGGCCCCAUGGGGCUCUCCUCCCCUUUUGGAGCAGUGAUCCUGUAUGUAGAAAAGGAAGUACAGGAUCUAGUCAGUAUUGUGGCAAGUAUGUAAUCCAUUUACCUUAGGGAAUCACUCCUUCAGAAUUCAAAACAGACACACAUAUCCCUUCCAAAACUUUUAUUUGUAUGAACACUUCCUAGCUCUUGGCUUACCUUAGUGCUUUUAAAAGAGUAAAGACCUUAUAUAUUUAAAUUUGAAAAAA